CUUCCCACACUCCUAGACAGCAAUUCUCAAAGUAUCAACUUCAGAUCUUGGGGAAGGAUAUUAUCUGAUACGUCACCAAGAAUUCAAGAGUUCAUUCAUGGGUCAAGUGUUCAAGACCUGCUAAGGGUAACCAGACCCCUCCUGCAGAGCAGUGGUCCUGAGACUUUCACACAGCUGUUGGGCAGCCUGUCUGACCUCCUAUGUGGCUACCCAGAGGGAGGAGGCUCUCGGGUAUUCUCCUUCAACUGGUAUGAAGACAGUAACUACAAGGCCUUCCUUGGGAUUGAUUCCACAAGGAAAGAUCCUGCCUAUUCUUAUGACAAAAGGACAACAUCCUUUUGUAAUACGUUGAUCCAGAGCCUGGAGUCAAACCCUUUAACCAAAAUAGCCUGGAGGGCAGCAAAGCCUUUGCUGAUGGGAAAAAUCCUCUUUACUCCAGAUUCCCCUGCUGUGAGGAGGAUACUGAAGCGUGCCAACUCAACUUUUGAAGAACUGGAACGUGUUAGAAAGCCAGUCAAAUCUUGGGAAGAAGUAGGGCCCCAGAUCUGGUACUUCUUUGAGAAGAGCACCCAGAUGGCCAUGAUCAGAGAUACCCUAGAGCACCCAACAGUAAGAGACUUUGUGAAUAGGCAGCUCGGAGAAGAUGGCAUCACCACUGAACCCAUACUAAACUUCCUCUAUAAGGGUCCCCGAGAGAACCAGGCUGACGACGCAACCAACUUUGACUGGAGGGACAUAUUUAACAUCACGGACCGCUCCCUUCACCUGGUUAAUCAAUACCUGGAGUGCCUGGUCCUGGAUAAGUUUGAAAGCUACUAUGAUGAAGCUCAACUCACCCAACGAGCCCUGUCUCUCCUGGAGGAAAACAGGCUCUGGGCUGGAGAGGUAUUCCCUGACAUGUAUCCCUGGACUAGCUCACUACCUCCUCACGUGAAGUACAAGAUGAUGGACAUAGAUGUGGUGGAGAAGACCAAUAAGAUCAAAGACAGGUACUGGGAUUCUGGUCCAAGGGAAGAUCCUGUGGAAGAUCUCCGCUACACCUGGGGAGGCUUUGCCUGUCUGCAGGAUAUGAUUGAACAGGGGAUCACAAGGAGUCAGGCCCAGGUGGACGUUCCAAUUGGAGUCUAUCUCCAGCAGAUGCCUUACCCUUGCUUCGUGGAUGACUCUUUUAUGAUCAUCCUGAACCACUGUUUCCCUAUCUUCACGGUGCUGGCAUGGAUCUACUCGGUCUCCAUGACUGUUAAAGGCAUCGUCUUGGAAAAGGAACUGAGGCUGAAGGAGACCUUAAGAAAUCAGGGUGUCUCCAGUGCAGUGAUCUGGUAUACCUGGUUCCUGGACAGCUUCUCCAUCAUGUCAAUGAACAUCUUCCUUCUGACGAUAUUCAUCGUGCAUGGAAGAAUCCUACAUUACAGUGAUCCCUUCAUCCUCUUCCUAUUCCUGUUGGCCUUUUCCACCGCCACAGUCAUGCAGUGUUUCCUGUUUAGCACGUUCUUCUCCAAGGCCAGCCUGGCAGCAGCCUGCAGUGACAUCAUCUACCUCACCCUCUACCUGCCACACAUUCUGUGCUUCGCCUGGCAGGACUGGAUGACAGCUGACCUGAAGAGGGCUGUGAGUCUGCUGGUUCCUGUGGCAUUUCGAUUUGGCACUGAGUACCUGGUCCGCUUUGAGGAGCAAGGUCUGGGGUUACAGUGGAACAACAUUGGGAACAGUCCCGUGGAGGACGAGUUCAGUUUCCUGAUGUCCAUGAAGAUGAUGCUUCUUGAUGCUGCUCUGUAUGGCGUGCUUGCCUGGUACCUUGACCAGGUGUUUCCAGCAAAGAAAAGUAAAGCUAUCUUUACCACCCCAUGGUCAAAGAAAUUGAGUUCUUCAUAUCCCUUGGGAGGCAGAGGCUGUUCAACCUGAGAAGAAAGGGCCCUGGAAAAGACUGAACCCAUAACAGAGGAAAUGGAGGAUCCAGAACACCCAGAAGUAACUCAUGACUCCUUCGAACGAGAGCUCCCAGGGCUGGUGCCUGGAGUAUGUGUGAAGAAUCUGGUAAAGGUUUUUGAAUGUAGCCGGCCAGCCGUGGACCACUUUAACAUCACCUUCUACGAGAACCAGAUCACCGCACUCCUCGGUCACAAUGGAGCGGGAAAAACCACCACCUUGUCCAUCCUCACAGGUCUGUUACCACCAACAUCGGGUACUGUGCUCAUUGUGGGAAAGGACAUUGAAACCAGCUUGAAUGCACUCUGCCAGAGCCUGGGCAUGUGCCCCCAGCACAACAUCCUGUUCACCAGUAACCUCACAGUGGCUGAGCAUAUCCUGUUCUAUGCCCAGCUGAAAGGGAAAUCCUGGGAGGAGGCCCAGCUGGAGACGGAAGCCAUGUUAGAGUAUACCGGUCUGCACCACAAGAGGAAUGAGGAAGUCCAAGAUCUUUCAGGUGGCAUGCAGAGGAAGCUGUCCAUUGCCAUUGCCUUUGUGGGAGACUCCAAGGUGGUGGUUCUGGAUGAGCCCACCUCGGGGGUGGAUCCCUACUCCAGACGCUCCAUCUGGGACCUGCUUCUGAAGUAUCAUUCAGGCAGAACCGUCAUCAUGUCCACUCACCACAUUGAUGAGGCUGACCUCCUUGGUGACUGCAUCACCAUCAUAUCUCAGGGAAGGCUCUACUGCCGUGGCACCCCACUCUUCCUCAAGAACUGCUUUGGCACAGGCUUCUACUUGACCUUGGUUCACAAGAUGAAAAGCAUUCAGAGCCAAAGAGGUGGCUGUGAGGGACCCUGUAGCUGUGCUUCAAAGAAACUCGGUUUCUCCACCAGGUGUCCAGUCCGCGUUGAUGAGAUAACUUCAGAGCAAAUCUUAGACGGGGAUGUGAAUGAGCUGAUGGAUGUAGUUUGCCAUGUUCCAGAGGCGAAGCUGGUGGAAUGCAUUGGUCAAGAACUUAUCUUCCUUCUUCCAAACAAGAAUUUUAAGCAGAGAGCGUAUGCCAGCCUUUUUUGAGAGCUGGAGGAGAUGCUGGCCGACCUGGGGCUCAGCAGCUUUGGAAUUUCUGACACUCCCCUGGAAGAGAUUUUUCUGAAGGUCACAGAGGAUUCUUGUUCGGGAUCUCUGUUUGCUGGUGGCACUCAGCAAAAAAAGGAACAUGUCAGCCUCUGACACCCUUGUUUGGGUCCCAAUGAGACCCAGAGCUCCCACACCUAUUCAUUGGAGCAAGCCACUCAUGCCAAGGUCCAGCCUUCCGCAGAACCCAAGGAACCUGGCAUUCCACUCAACACAGGUGCUCCACUGAUCUUCCAAUAUGUACAAGCACUGCUAGUCAAGAGAUUCCACCACACUGUCCGCAGCCACAAGGACUUCCUGGCUCAGACUAUCCUUCCUGCCACUUUUAUGGUUUUGGCUCUGACACUUUCCAUCAUCAUGCCUCCGUUUGGAGAAUUUCCAGCUUUGACCCUUCACGCCUGGAUGUACAGACAGCAGUACACCUUCUUCAGCAUGGAUGAGCCCAACAGUGAACACCUCGAAGUCCUGGCAGACAUCCUCCUGAACAGGCCAGGCUUUGGCAACUGCUGUCUAAAGGAAGAAUGGCUUCUGGAGUACCCCUGUGGUAAUUCAGCCUCCUGGAAGAUGCCUUCUGUAUCUCCAAACAUCACCUACCUACUCCAGAAACAGAGAUGGACAGCAGCCAACCCCUCACCCUCCUGCAAGUGCAGCACCAGAGAGAAGCUCACCAUGUUGCCCGAAUGCCCCAAGGGUGCAGGGGGGCUCCCACCCCCACAGAGAAAGCGCAGCACUGAAAUCCUACAAGACCUCAUGGACAGGAACAUCUCUGACUACUUGGUAAAGACGUAUCCUUCUCUUAUAAGAAGCAGCUUAAAGAGCAAAUUCUGGGUCAAUGAAUAGAGGUAUGGAGGAAUCUCCAUUGGAGGAGAGCUCCCAGCCCUCCCCAUCACUGGGGAAGCACUUGGGUUUUUAAGCGACCUUGGCCAGAUGAUGAAUGUGAGCGGGGGUCCUGUCACCGGAGAGGCUGCUAAAGAAAUGUUAGAGUUCCUUAAAUGUCUUGAAACCAAAGACAACAUUAAGCCCAUUUCUGCCCUCUAAGUGUGGUUUAACAACAAAGGCUGGCAUGCCCUGGUCAGCUUUUUGAACGUGGCCCACAACGCCAUCUUAUGGGCUAGUCUGCCCAAGGACAGGAACCCUGAGGAACAUGGAAUCACCAUUAUCAGCCAACCCUUGAACCUGACCAAGGAACAGCUCUCAGAGAUCACAGUGCUGACCAUUUCAGUGGACGCUGUGAAAAUGAUCUUUCUUCCUUUCUUUCUUUCCUUCCUU